AUGCGUGCCAACGUUCUCCUGGCCUUUGUCUUCGCUGCGAUCUCCGCUGUGCCCUCCUUGACCCUCCCGGUCGACGUGUAUGUUCUGCCGUUCUCAAGAAUACAGAGUCCACCUACUGACAACCGUGCCACUCACAGUGCAGGCCUCUCCGUGCGAGAUGCGAGCCUCUAUGCCCGCGAGCCCAUGCCCGUGGUUGCCGACGCCGACACCCCUGUCAAGGGCCCGGGUAACGGCGGGCAUGACCACACGAAGCGCGAGAACGCCGACCACGAGCAUGAUGACCCGACGCAUGUCGCUGCUCGCGGUCCCGUCAAGACCCCCACCAAGGGUCCGGGGGGAAAACGCGAGGACGACCACAAGCACGCUCCGACUCACAUCGGUGCUCGCGACCCCGGGCCUGUCAAGACCCCAACCAAGGGUACUGGCGGUGGCCCGAACCCCAAGCGCGAGGACGAUCACAAGCACGACCCGACGCACGUCGAGGCUCGCGGUCCUGUCAAGGCCCCAACCAAGGGUCCCGGCGGCGAGCCCAAGCGCGAGGACGUCGACGACGAGCUCUUGAAGCACAAGUCGCUCCCGCCCGUCGAGGCUCGUGGCCCCGUCAAGACCCCUACCAAGGGUCCGGUAGGUAAGCGCGACGAUGACCACAAGCAUGGCCCGACGCACGUCGCCGCCCGCGGUCCUGUCAAGACUCCCACGAAAGGACCUGGAGGUGGUGAGGGGAACCCCGAGGAAGCUUUGUAGGGUUGAGCAAUGGCGUUGAGAGUGGGUAAGACAAGUUGUAGUGGUUGAUAUGGACUGCCAGGCAUCAUCUUGAACUGAGUCGCCGACUCGGAUUCGGAUGUACGCGUUCGUCCCAAAGUGUUCAUCUACUGUGUUACAUCAAAUGCCACUUUGCACAGCACCACAGUGAGCCUCGUAUCGAACUGUGUGACACGUACCGUAGAGGUCAUCGCGACACUUGAUGCGUGAAGGGCUGUGCCACGUUUGAAUAUCUGAACAUCCACGUACACCAGUGGUGUGUU